GUACACGACCUCCACACCACUCCAACGCUGUUCACGCAUCCAUUGAAGAUGGCAUUGCCGCUUCCGCCGGGGCUUACGCCCCCAGAAAUCGCAUUCAUAUGCGAGAUGGAGCUUGUCACCAUCAUACCCCGCCAGAAACUCGAGGGCUUGAAGUUAUUAGGUGCCCCUCUCAAACCUCUGAAUCCUCCCCAAAGAGCAUCGAUACCUCUCUGGCUCGCGCUCCUACUAAAACGCCAGCGUCGCGCCAACAUUGUACCACCUCCAUGGCUUUCUCCCAUAUCUCUCCAGGCCAUACUGGAUCACGAAACCGAGCAGGAGGAUGCUUUCUCACCCCCGCCUCGACUACCACCAUCGUCUUCGGGGAAUGAGGCGCCCUUCUCGCCUCCCUUCCUUCAAAGCUCGACCGCCAACGCUCCCCCAGACGCUUUACCAUACCAUUGGCUGGAACUGGGCGAGAUGCUAUUAGAGGCAGCCGCAGACGAUUUCGAGGAGCCCGAUAACGUGCGGAAGCUUAUGAGAGGGCUGAGGGAGGUGCGCAUGGCGAAAUUGAGACAAGGUGUAAACGUGCUAGAUGCUGGAGGUGGCGUCAAGAUGAAUGGUGUUGGCGCCAUGGAGCUUGGAGAAGCGAGAUCAUUCAUUACGGGCGUUGUUGACGGUCUGCGGAAAAUAUCUGCUUCGCGAGAACAGCAAAGAAAAGACAGAGCCAGGGAAGAAAGGGAAAAUGGAUACUCUGGAUCAGCCGACUAUGACGACGACGAAAUGGAUAUGGAAUGA